ACCCACGGCAUUUCUCGCGAGCUCGGCGCAGCGGGCUGUGUCCUGUGGUGUGUUUACGACAGCUCCGUGGACACACUCAGCCAUGGCUGCCCUGCGCAGGCUCAUCCCGUCACUCACAAACACCUCCAAAACACGGACGUUUUCGGCGCGGAAACCAGCCACUUCCACGGUGACUAAAGCGGUUAAAGUUGUCGCGGCCGGGGCGUGCGUGGCGGCGGCGGCAGGUGCGCUGUAUUACGGCUGCGGCCGAUCCGGAUCCGGACCGGUGAACCCCGUCCAGGCUCGGAUCCUCCAUCUGGCGCUGCCAUCAGUGUCCGCCACCGAUAAGGCCAAGGCAUACAGUCUGGAUGAUGGAGAUGUGUACAUGUCGUCUUAUGAGAACAGAUUCCGCCUGUUCAGCUCGGUGGAGUGCGAGGGUCAGCUCUACAUGACUCCACUCAACUUCAUCGAAUCUGUGACUCUGAACGAACCAAACAGAAGGAGAGGAUGGAGGUCUAUCACAAAAAAGGAAUUAGACAAGAUGCUGGCUGAUACUCCACCUGUUUACAAAGGAUCAUCUAAUUUGUUUAGAAAUCUCCGUGAACGAGGUGUCAUCAGCUACACAGAGUACCUCUUCAUGCUCUGCAUUUUAACCAAGCCUCAUGCAGGAUUCAAGAUUGCUUUCAACAUGUUUGAUGCAGAUGGAAAUGAGAUGGUGGAUAAAAGGGAGUUCUUGGUGCUGGAAGAAAUAUUCCGCAAGAAAAAGGACAGAAAAGAAAUUUCCGAAGACAUGCAAAGAUUUGACCAGCAGAGUCUGCAGCUGUAUGGUCAUCAUAAAACUCAGCCGCACAGUGUCCUUAAAAAAGACUCUCAGCAUGUCGAGGCCCAGGGCAUGUGGGAUGUUCUCAGACGUGGCACAAGUCAAGUUCUGUUUUCUGAUCUAACUGAGAAUGUGGAUGAAAAAACAGAAACGACACUGCUGGUGCAUUUCUUUGGGAAAAAAGGAAAAGCUGAGCUGAAAUUUGAAGAUUUUUACAAGUUCAUGGACAACCUGCAGACAGAGGUGCUUGAGAUAGAGUUCCUCUCCUACUCCAAAGGCAUGCCCACCAUCAGUGAGGAAGACUUCGCUCGGAUUCUCCUGCGCUACACCAACGUAGACGACGUCAGUGGUUAUUUGGAGAACGUACGUCAGAGCAUGCCAGAUGAAAAGGGAAUCACCUUUGAGGAGUUUAGGUCCUUUUUCCAGUUCCUAAACAACCUGGAGGAUUUUACCAUCGCCAUGCAAAUGUACAACUUUGCCAACCGCUCCGUUGGUCAAGAGGAGUUUUCCCGUGCAGUCUACGUGGCGACGGGCAUCACGCUGACCCGCCACUUGGUCAACACUGUCUUCAAAAUCUUCGAUGAGGAUCAUGAUGAUAAACUCAGCCACAAGGAGUUCAUUGGCGUCAUGAAGGAGAGGCUGCACCGUGGUGAUGGGGGCAUGAGAGCAGAGGAGAAGUUCACCUCUUUCAAGUCCUGCAUGAAGAAGGAGCUUUCUGGCAAAUAGGUGAAAAUGCCAGUCAUCAGUGCAUGCCUUACAAACUGGACUCCUCCUUCCUCCUCCUCCUCCUCCUCCUCCUCCUCCUGCCUCUGACCUCGGACAGAUGGGUUAAUGCAUGCUGCAGCGUCUUAUUGCACUGUUAGAAGUUUCCAAACCAACAGGAUGUGGUCAGCCUAAUGGGAAGAUGAUGAGUCAAAGGAACAAAAAUGAUCCAAGUUGAACCGAAGAACGUUAACUUAUCACAUUGUUACCAGACUCUAAAAAGAUGUUACUGCAAACAAUUUAUUAUUUAUUAUUCUACAUGUAAAUACAUUUAUCAGUUUUAAAUAUUAACUAUUUAUUUAUCUGCUGUUAUGUUCAGUGUAAUGAUCCCUCUGUCUUGAGCUUGAAUCCCUGUGGAAGUAUUACUGCUUUAAUACUUUGUCCCCUCCUCCCCCGACAUAGAUAAGCUUAGGACAGCAUCUCUGCUUCCUCCUCCUCCUCCUCUUGCAGCUAAAAUCUUCCAGGAUCCACCGAAGCCAGCUGACCAGAACACAUUGAGUCUGUGGCUUUUUUUCAAUGUUUAACUACAAGGCAGCUAACGGCGUUAAUCAUUUUCUCACAACAAAUCGGAUCGAAACAAAAAGUGCUAUUUUCAUGCCAGUGGCAGGGAUAACCUCUUUACAAAUAUGCAAAAUGAACUGAAUGAACUCAAGCCAUAUGUUUGUGCCACUCUGGGGACUCUUAACUGGAAUUAGUGUUAGUUUUAAAGGAGUAUUAUAUUAAAACGACUCCCCCUUUAAGCUUUCUAAGACUAGUUUACACUUAAUUGAAGUAGUUGUAGGAUGUUUUACUUGUGUGACGUUUGCUCUGGGAGGAGUUACAUCUUGAAAAAACACUGAAAGAGGAUGUGAAUGAAGCUGUAAUAUUAACCAGACUCAUGUGCAUCCAGAGUGAAUGUUUAGUGUGGAUUAGUUAGUCUACCUCUUCAAGACUUUAAACAUUAGGCCUCGACUGUUACGCUUAUAUUAGAGAGCAGAUGUUUGAGCAUUUUUAACGCUGCAGUGCAAUAAAUCUAAAAUGAAACCAGGA